UCAGUAACCCGAGUUCUGGAGGGGCUGAAAACUCUGUCUAAAACCAUGCAUGAACACUCGGGAAUCGACAAUCCGCUGGACAGCUGGAUGACCUCCGUGUUUGGGAAAUGGAAGGGGAUUUUCGUGUCUGCAAUGUUUUCUACUGCCGCUUUUUUUUUAGGGAUACUGGUCACCUGCGGUUGUUGUCUCAUUCCUUGUGCCAGAGGACUGCUGGAAAAGGUAAUAACGAGGGCAGUGGACCCCGGAGCGGUAGUUCCGGUGGCCAUGAUGCCAUUGAUGGACCGAAUGGGCCGAGGAGUGACACGACACAAAGUGCGGUGACAUUUCUUUUUGAAAGGUCAAGAGAGGGAAGGAUAAUCCUGGGAAUAAAGAAAAUAUUUUACUGCUGCAAUAUAGGCUUUAACAUUGCAUUACAAUGUUUUUUAAAGCUACUGACAUCAGACUAAAACUUUUAUUAAAGGUGCAGCUAUAAUCAUUGUAUACACACAUUGCAGAUCGUGCUCAUGAAAGAGUUGUUGCUCAGUCUAUUCAAGGUCUUAAGCUUCGUUUGGAGCGAUGACCCGACGAUCUAUUGUUUGUGAGGAACCUUUCCAACCACCUCCUCAAAAGAAACAUGCCCCAAAGCUGUCAGAAAUUUUCAAACCCUGCAAGGAAAUCAUUGACAAAGUACAUCAGCGUUACAAUCAAACCUGGAAGAAGAACGAGAAAAAUUACUUAAAAUUCAGAACUAAUCUGAGAGUUGCAUGCAAUGGCUUUGACAACGCCAUUGUGACACAGAACAAUACUCCUAUAGGAUCGAAUAUUGUUUACAGUGGGGAAAAGAGGACUCUUCAGGUGAACAAGGACUUAUUCGACUUGUUUUUGAAGGAGAAUCCUUUCUCAAAUAAACAAUGGGACACUUGUUCGGUUGUUGGGAAUGGUGGGAUCCUGUUUGACAGUGGCUGUGGAAAAAUGAUUGAUUCUGCUGACUUUGUUAUCAGGUGCAACUUACCUCCUUUGGAAAAUGGAUAUGAGAAAGAUGUUGGCAGCAAAACUAGCCUUGCGACAGCAAAUCCAAGCAUCAUUUUCCAAAAGUAUGGUGCGCUGACUGGACGUCGCCUUCCAUUUGUGGAGAGUCUGCACAAGUACGGCAACUCUCUGCUGCUCCUUCCUGCCUUCUCCUUUGGCAGGAAUACUGCUAUGUGUCAGCGGGCUGCAUAUACAAUAGAGGACUUUGAAAGCCCUAUUCGACCUGUUUUCUCCAACGCUCAGUACCUCCACAGUCUGGAUCAAUUCUGGAGCUCUGAAGGCCUGAAAGAAAGGCGGCUCAGCACUGGAUUCAUUAUGGUUAGCAUGGCCCUGGAAUUGUGUGAAAAUGUACAUCUGUAUGGAUUCUGGCCCUUUAGUAACCACCCAUAUGACCUCUAUACCCUGACUAACCACUACUAUGAUGAUGUACCGGUUAAAACGUUUUUUCACGCAAUGCCGGCUGAGUUUGAACACUUGUUGCAGCUGCACACUGAAGGGGUACUCAGGCUUCACCUGGGAGACUGUAAAUCAGAUAAAAAAUAGUUCCCAGGGAUAGACAACAGCACAGAAGCAAAGUACAGAGUCAAAUGCCUUCUCUAUAGCCUCAGGAUGAAUCCAGUAACUUUUUUGCCUUUAUAAGGCCAUUGCUCUGUACAUUUUAGUGCUUUAUUACAAAUAUCUCUCACCCUGUAUUCUGAAAUACCUCAAUUACAUUCUCUUGAUUUUUAGAAAACAAAACUCUAAGGACUAUUUUGACAAUAUCUUAAAAAAUGUAACCAUGAAAAAUACUUUGGUACCAGCAGAAGAUAAAUGUAUAGUGCCUGAUAAAAGUGCAAAAAUCAUAUCACACAACUACCACAUUUGUCUGAUUUUAAGUGAGAUUCAUGCUUCUGUGUUAAAUCUGCACCACAGGUAAUGUACAGCAUAACUUCAAACCUCCCUGAAACCCAAUGUCAUAAUUCAGUAACUGAGCCUGCACCUCCAUUGAAAUUAAAUUAAACACUGAGUGGAUGAAGUCUACAAUGACUGUGAUUGGCUAGAUCAGUACUGUCAUUUCCUAGGCAUUUCCAGCUACUUCUUUUACUGCUGCCAUUUUCUAAAUUGACUGCAAGGGAAUGGAUGAACUUGAAUAGAGAACUUUGCUGGCCGCUUUCAUAAGCUACACCAUAGUCUCUGUAUAGUACAAAUUACACAUUAUUUCUACAUAUGAUGCAGGCAAAGGUAAUGGUUUGUGUCAAUUUAUCUUUUUAUCGGUCCUUUGCAAAACAAUUUUUAAAAUCCCAGCGCCGCUGAAUUUGUGACCACUACUGCUCGCUCCCGUUUCUGUCACUUUUGCCCAGUCCCACAGUAUUUCUGCCCAACGCCACUCUAAGUUUAUUCAAAUUCAGCAAAAAUCUCAAAGUUUUGGCAUUGAUUUGUCUGUUGCAAUGUUGAUCCUAGACCAACAUUUUUCUCUUGAUCCAGGAACAACACAGGAAUGUGGAUAUCAGAUACGUGUGUUGGCAGGGCACUGCGGGUUAGGUGUAUUCUGGUCAUACUGGAACUGUUCAUGGCUGUUGUUGUUUCAUAAACAGUAUGAAAGGAGAGGGAAAAUUAAGUGAACGUGAAUAAGUACUUAUCAAAAGAUUUCGGAAUUGUGGAUAUGUUGACAUUCACUUGUGGGUAGUUAUUUCAGAAUCCAAGGUAUUUAGAGCGAUCAACCAUUUAAAUGUUAUGAUGUAGUCAAUACCAAGUAUUCAAUUUGUCUAAACACAUGUCUUGAGGUGAGAGAAUUCACAUAUUUUAAUGUGAAUGUUCAGAUCAAAAGAAAAGCCAUCAUGCCAUCACAUCAUAAAAUUUCAGGGUAU